CUGAGGGGAGCCGGGGCCGCGCACGGGGACGCGCCGGGCCCGGCCGAGCAGCGGAGCCCGCAGCCCCCGGCGGCUGCGCCCAGCUCCAUGAAUGGAAAUCGGCAGCGCAGGACCCGUCGGGGCCCAGCCCCUCCUCAUGGUGCCCAGACGUCCCGGCUAUGGCACCAUGGGCAAACCCAUUAAACUGCUGGCCAACUGCUUCCAAGUUGAAAUCCCAAAGAUUGAUGUCUACCUCUAUGAGGUGGAUAUCAAACCAGAUAAGUGUCCUCGGAGGGUGAACAGGGAGGUGGUGGACUCAAUGGUGCAGCAUUUUAAAGUGACAAUAUUUGGGGACCGUAGACCAGUUUAUGAUGGGAAAAGAAGCCUCUAUACAGCCAAUCCACUGCCUGUGGCCACUACUGGGGUGGAUUUGGAUGUGACAUUGCCAGGAGAAGGUGGAAAAGAUCGUCCCUUCAAAGUGUCAAUAAAGUUUGUUUCUCGGGUGAGCUGGCACUUGCUGCAUGAAGUUUUGACAGGAAGAACCUUGCCUGAGCCUCUGGAACUAGACAAACCUAUCAGCACUAACCCUGUUCAUGCUGUCGAUGUGGUGCUACGACACCUACCCUCCAUGAAGUAUACCCCUGUGGGCCGCUCCUUCUUCUCAGCUCCUGAAGGCUAUGAUCACCCCUUGGGUGGGGGUAGGGAGGUCUGGUUUGGAUUCCAUCAGUCUGUUCGGCCUGCCAUGUGGAAGAUGAUGCUCAAUAUUGAUGUUUCUGCCACUGCCUUCUACAAAGCACAACCUGUAAUUCAGUUUAUGUGUGAAGUUCUUGACAUUCAUAAUAUUGAUGAACAGCCAAGACCUCUGACUGAUUCUCAUCGGGUAAAAUUCACCAAAGAGAUAAAGGGUCUCAAGGUAGAAGUGACUCACUGUGGAACGAUGAGAAGGAAAUACCGUGUUUGUAAUGUAACGAGAAGGCCUGCAAGUCACCAAACCUUUCCUUUACAGUUAGAAAAUGGCCAGACAGUGGAGAGAACAGUAGCACAGUAUUUCAGAGAGAAAUACAACCUCCAGCUGAAAUACCCUCAUCUUCCCUGCCUACAAGUGGGACAAGAACAGAAACACACCUACCUGCCUUUAGAAGUAUGUAAUAUUGUAGCGGGCCAGCGGUGUAUCAAGAAACUGACAGACAAUCAAACAUCGACUAUGAUAAAGGCCACAGCAAGAUCUGCUCCAGAUAGGCAGGAGGAAAUAAGCAGACUGGUGAGAAGUGCAAAUUACGAUGCAGAUCCAUUUGUUCAAGAGUUCCAGUUCAAAGUCCGGGAUGAGAUGGCCCACGUGACGGGGCGCGUGCUCCCAGCUCCCAUGCUGCAGUAUGGAGGACGGAAUCGAACAGUGGCAACCCCAAGCCAUGGAGUAUGGGACAUGAGAGGGAAGCAGUUUCACACUGGUGUUGAGAUCAAAAUGUGGGCCAUAGCUUGCUUUGCAACACAGAGACAAUGCAGAGAAGAAAUAUUGAAGGGUUUCACAGACCAGCUGCGCAAGAUCUCCAAGGAUGCAGGGAUGCCCAUCCAAGGCCAGCCCUGCUUCUGCAAAUACGCCCAGGGUGCCGACAGUGUGGAGCCCAUGUUUCGACACCUCAAGAACACUUAUUCAGGGCUGCAGCUCAUCAUUGUCAUCCUGCCAGGGAAAACACCAGUGUAUGCGGAGGUGAAACGUGUGGGAGAUACACUCUUGGGAAUGGCCACACAGUGCGUUCAAGUCAAGAACGUCAUUAAAACAUCUCCACAGACCCUAUCAAAUCUGUGCCUGAAGAUUAAUGUUAAACUGGGAGGAAUCAACAACAUCCUUGUACCUCAUCAACGACCUUCUGUGUUCCAGCAGCCAGUGAUCUUUUUGGGAGCCGAUGUCACUCACCCUCCUGCUGGAGAUGGGAAGAAGCCUUCUAUAGCUGCUGUUGUAGGUAGUAUGGAUGCUCAUCCAAGCCGGUACUGUGCCACAGUGAGAGUUCAGCGACCCCGGCAGGAGAUCAUCCAAGACCUAGCCUCCAUGGUGAGAGAGCUCCUCAUCCAGUUCUACAAGUCAACACGGUUCAAGCCCACACGUAUCAUCUUCUAUAGGGACGGGGUCUCUGAAGGACAGUUUCGACAGGUUUUGUAUUAUGAACUGCUAGCCAUUAGAGAAGCCUGCAUCAGUUUGGAGAAGGAUUACCAGCCUGGAAUAACCUAUAUUGUGGUGCAGAAGCGACAUCAUACACGAUUGUUCUGUGCUGACAGAACAGAAAGGGUUGGACGAAGUGGCAAUAUUCCAGCUGGAACAACUGUAGACACAGACAUUACACAUCCAUAUGAGUUUGAUUUUUACCUCUGUAGCCAUGCUGGAAUACAGGGUACCAGCCGUCCGUCACACUAUCAUGUUUUGUGGGAUGAUAACUGUUUUACUGCAGAUGAACUCCAGCUGCUGACUUACCAGCUCUGCCACACAUAUGUGCGCUGUACACGAUCAGUUUCUAUACCUGCACCAGCGUAUUAUGCUCACCUGGUAGCAUUCAGAGCACGAUACCAUCUCGUGGACAAAGAACAUGACAGUGCUGAAGGAAGCCAUGUUUCAGGACAAAGCAAUGGGAGAGACCCGCAGGCCCUCGCGAAGGCUGUACAAAUUCACCAAGACACCUUACGCACGAUGUACUUCGCUUAAAUCAAUAGACGGGGAGCAUACUCACUGAAAGGAAGAACUGAACAAUUAAGCCACAUACAAUGUAUGUUUCCAGUGGGGUUGGUUUAGGGGGUGUGCCUCCGAUUGUGCUGAAGUUGAUGCUGUGCAGGGGUGAGAGGCUAAACCCUUAAAUUGACGCAAGGAAGAUUGUUUACUUCAUUGAGGAACACAGCACUAUUAUGCAAUAUGAAACCAGCCAACUGCUUUUUUGGUGCGGGCUCCUGUAGGCAGCACCACCAUCAUGUUUUAGUUUCGUUUCUUUUUUGACUCUCUCGUAGUUUAACCCUCUUUAAAAUGCCUUUACCUCAAGUUGCUCGGCAGCACAACUGCAAAAAACCAACAAAGAAUCAGGAGAAAAUUGAUGGUGUAGUUUAAAAAAGCAUCUCUCGAGGAACAAUCCCAAGGAUUGUUUGGGAAGUGUGCAAAAAAACCCCCUGAAACAACGAGUUUUACACCCCCACUGCAUGGAGGAAUCUUUCAAUAUUGCCAUUAAGCAUUCGAAUGUCAACAUAUCCAAGUACAUUUGAAUGUACAUCACUAAUUAGAAACAGCUGAUUGGGGGGAAGAUGUUUUGCACACUAACCCAGCAAUUCAAACCUAGUUUAGCCAACUGCUGCCUCUGUGUCUUUCUUCACAGCUUUGGAGUUCUGGGCUCCAAUAGUUCCCUUUCUAAAAGCAAACAAAGAAGCUAGUGGUAUUAUGUGCAGGCAGUAGUGAUCCAAACUCGUCUUGCUCCCUGGUGAAUUUACUAAAGCUGCUGUUUUACCUAGUCCAAAAGUUUCAAUUCUUUUCUAUCUGGCAAGUCAAAUAUGGUGAAGCUUCACGUGCGAUCCAGUGUCCCACGUUUCCUGGGAUGACAUCUACUAAACACCAGAACUGAAACUUUAGAGCUGAGGUCUUUCUGGGAAAACCAAGAAAUGCUAGUUUACUUGCUGCCUCUCACACCUUAAUGUGAUUUCAUAUGUAUGUGUUUUUGAAGUUUAGCUUCCUUUUGUUUCUUUUAUAUUUAUUAGAGUAAUAAUAAUGCUUUAAUUUAAUGAUGACAGAACAUAUGGUCAACAUCAACUUUUAUUUUUUAGAAAUGUAACCAUGUUUAUUUUUAAAAGAAACUGACAACUUGUUUUGCUAUCUUUUAGUGCAAUAAGCGUUCUAAAGGAAAACCGUGUCCAUUGAGCUGUGCUGAAGCAGUGUUUGUACCACUAACUGUGGAAGAAUGGACACCUCCAUGCUUUUAAAAGGACAAAGUAAAAGCCUUAAUUUUGAAAGGAAAGUUUUAUAGUCAGAAGGAAUCUUGAAUUUUCCUUUUUUAAAUCAAAAACAAUAGCAAAAAUGCUUUUAGACCUCUGCAAGCUUUACUCGUCACUGCAGGAUUUUGAUUUAACAAAGGAAUUGGCCUUAUUUUUGGCUUUGAAAGUGGAGGGUAUUUGAAUUAAAUGGAAAGAGUUUUUUAUUAAGCUCUAAGUUUUUACAUGCGUAGUUAAAUCUAUUUGACAUCACUAAAAUGUCUGGAAUUA